GAGUGAGCGGCGGCAGCGGGGAGCGCGCGCCCGCGUGCGGGGGGCUCGUCUCUGCUCCCCCAGAGGGUCGCCGUGCUCCCGCCGGGGAUGGAGAGGACGUGAGCGGGGACGGUGCCGUCGCUCUUGCUGCCGGGCCAUGGGAGUCUGAGAGCAGCUGGUCCUCGCCUUGCUGCCAACAGCCACCAUGGGCUGCUGCUGCAGCUCGGACUACGAUGAGGACUGGAUCGAGAACAUCGACAUCUGUGAGCACUGCAAUUACCCCAUCGAGCCCGACAGCAAGCGCCAGAGGCUGAUCCGCAACGGCUCCGAGGUGCAAGACCCCCUGGUGUCCUACGAGGCCACGUCUCCGCCAUGCUCCCCCCUGCAAGAUAAGCUGGUGGUGGCCCUGUACAACUACGAGCCCAAGCACGACGGGGACCUGGGGCUGCGGAAGGGCGAGAAGCUCCGCAUCCUGGAAGAGAGCGGGGAGUGGUGGAAGGCGCAGUCGCUCACCACCGGCCAGGAGGGUUUGAUCCCUUACAACUUCGUGGCCAUGGUGAACAGCCUGGAGCCCGAGCCGUGGUUCUUCAAAAACAUCAGCCGCAAGGAUGCGGAGCGGCAGCUCCUGGCGUCAGGCAACACUCACGGCUCCUUCCUCAUCCGGGAGAGCGAGACCACCAAAGGCUCCUACUCAUUGUCAGUAAGGGACUUCGACCAGAACCAGGGUGAGACGGUGAAGCACUACAAGAUCCGCAACAUGGACAACGGGGGGUACUACAUCUCCCCCCGCGUCACCUUCAGCAGCUUGCACGAGCUGGUGGAAUAUUACACACGCAGCUCCGACGGGCUGUGCACCCGCCUCGGCAAGCCCUGCCGGACCCAGAAGCCACAGAAGCCAUGGUGGCAGGAUGAGUGGGAGGUGCCGCGGGAGUCACUGAAGCUGGUGGAGAAGCUGGGAGCAGGGCAGUUUGGAGAAGUCUGGAUGGGCUUCUACAAUGGCCACACCAAGGUGGCCAUCAAAAACCUGAAGCAGGGCAGCAUGUCACCCAGCGCCUUCCUGGCAGAGGCCAACCUCAUGAAGAACUUGCAGCACCCACGGCUGGUGCGGCUUUACGCCGUGGUGACGAAGGAGCCCAUCUACAUCAUCACAGAGUACAUGGAGAAGGGCAGCCUCGUGGACUUCCUCAAGACCUCGGAAGGAGUCAAGCUCAGCAUCAACAAACUGCUGGACAUGGCCGCACAGAUCGCCGAAGGCAUGGCCUUCAUCGAGGCCAAAAACUACAUCCACCGCGACCUGCGGGCUGCCAAUAUCCUCGUGUCGGACACCCUGUGCUGCAAAAUCGCCGACUUCGGGCUGGCUCGCCUCAUCGAGGACAACGAGUACACAGCUCGCGAGGGGGCUAAAUUCCCCAUUAAGUGGACGGCACCGGAGGCUAUUAAUUACGGGACGUUCACGAUCAAGUCCGAUGUCUGGUCAUUCGGCAUCCUGCUCACAGAGAUCGUCACCUACGGCCGGAUCCCAUAUCCAGGGAUGACCAACCCUGAGGUGAUACAGAACCUGGAGCGUGGUUAUCGCAUGCCGCAGCCAGACAACUGCCCGCAGGAGCUGUACGAACUGAUGAUGCAGUGCUGGAAGGAGAGGCCCGAGGAACGUCCCACCUUUGACUACAUGAAGAGUGUGCUGGAGGACUUCUUCACUGCCACCGAGGGCCAGUACCAGCAGCAGCCGUGAGGACCCCAGCAGCAGCUGGGACACCCUUGCAUUGGGGUGCCCGGGGGCACUCCCCCUUGCACCAGGUCCCCACAGACUCCAUACACAUCGCCCUGGGGCAUUGGCGAACACUGCCUGGACCUCAGCAGUAAAGAUUUGAAAUGCUUCAAAUCUUUGGAGCAGCAGAUUUCACCCCCCCCAGAAGGUGACGGAUGGCCAAAGCCAACAAGUGACUCCAAAGAGCAGAGGGCUGGUGCUGGGGGGGCUCUGGUGGAGCUGUGCGGGGCCCAGUGGGUGCCCACCACGCUGUUCCUGUGCUUGCCCGAGUGCAAAUCCAGCCGCCAGCCCCACAGGAGGCUGCCCAGGGUCCACACCAGCCCCCUUGCACCCCUCUGGCUGGGCCUCGCCUCCUCCUUCACACCCUCCACCCCGGUGAUGGCAGGUACCCCCUCCUCGCAAGCAAUGGCCACCCCAGCCCUUGGCCGUGGGAUGCUCUUUCUGCUUCCGUGGCGUUUGCAGGACCUUGUCCAGUAACCACCAUCGCGUUUUGGGGAAAUAAAGGCCUCUGCACUGGCGGUGGCCGUGGGGCCUCGCUACGGCCCUGGGGAGGCCAGGCCGCCAUGGGGCAAGCAGGGUGAUGCCCUCAAGGGAUGGACCCCGACUCACACCAACGCCACCCCGGGGUGCUGCUGAGGGCCCGAGGCCCCUCUCACGCCGACCCCGGCUGUGUGAGACCCCCACGGCCCCACUCUCGCCGACCCCGGGUGGGAAAGGCCGGGAACGGGGCCUGGCUGCUGGUAGCGGCCUCUACCGUGUCCGUGUCCCCCCCCCACCCCCAGGGAUGGUUCAGCCCCACCUGGUGUUGU